GGGCGAGGGGCGCGGGGCUCGGCGGGGGCAGGGAGCGGCGGGGCCUUCAUGGAGGGCCCCCCCGCCCCCUCGGUGGGCGCCUGCCUGCGGGACUGGGACGAGCUGCAGCGGGACUUCCAGAGCAUCCAGGAGACCCACCGAGAGUACCGCCUGCAGCUGGAGCAACUGACCAAGCUGCAAAGUAGCUGCUCCACCUCCAUCGCCCGGCAGAAGAAGAAACUCAAGGAGCUGGCCUUGACCCUGAAGAAAUGCAGAGGCUCCAUCCCAUCCGACAAGGAGGAAAUGGUACAGGAGAUAGAGAACCUUAUCAAAGAGCGGCAGGGGGUCUUCUUUGACAUGGAGGCGUAUUUGCCCAAGAAAAAUGGGCUGUACCUGAGUCUUGUCCUGGGAAGCGUCAACGUCACACUCCUCAGCAAGCAGGCUAAGUUUGCCUACAAGGAUGAGUAUGAGAAGUUCAAGCUUUACCUCACCAUCAUCCUCAUAGUCAUCUCCUUCACCUGCCGCUUCCUCCUCAAUUCUAGGGUGACAGAUGCAACCUUCAACUUCCUGUUGGUGUGGUACUAUUGCACACUGACCAUCCGGGAAAGCAUCCUCAUUAACAAUGGGUCCCGGAUCAAAGGCUGGUGGGUGUUCCAUCACUAUGUCUCCACCUUCUUAUCCGGAGUCAUGCUGACGUGGCCCGAUGGACUCAUGUACCAAAAGUUUCGAAACCAGUUCCUGUCCUUUUCUAUGUACCAGAGCUUUGUACAGUUCCUUCAAUACUACUACCAGAGUGGCUGUCUAUACCGCCUGCGGGCCCUGGGUGAGAGGCAUAACAUGGACCUCACUGUGGAGGGCUUCCAGUCCUGGAUGUGGAGGGGCCUCACCUUCCUCCUCCCCUUUCUCUUCUUUGGUCACUUUUGGCAACUGUUUAAUGCUGUGACCCUGUUCCAACUGGCCCGAGAGCCACAGUGUAAGGAGUGGCAGGUGCUCAUGUGCGGCCUCCCUUUCCUCUUGCUCUUCCUUGGUAACUUCUUCACUACUCUACGGGUGGUUCACCAGAAGUUCCACAGCCAACAUAGAAACAAGAAGGACUGAGCCUGGGGCCAGGCACAGGACAAGCUCUGCCCCAGUCCCCUGGUCUUGCCUUGAGCUGAGGUCAUGGCAGUUGCCACCUUUUCCUUGCCCAGAAGAGUCCGUAACUGAGCCCCAAAUGAGCCCAGGGCAGCCCUGCUCUCCCUCCUUCACUCCCCUACCCCCAGUCACCUGACCAAGCCAGUGAGCCACAGGGAUGAUGGAGCCUUGGGUAAGGGCAGGUACCCUACCUGCCUCCCCAGCUACACCAGACUGGGCCCCUCUGCCCAUAGCCAGCUCCUGUCCUGAGCCUUGUGGGGUCCAAGGAAAGAUUCUCUUAUUAUCCCUCGUCCUCAGUGUUCCAGAUCUCCCACCUCCUACCCUCAGGCCCUUUGUGUGCCUUGGUGCUGAAGCAAUAGGAGUCGAGAAGCAUGGCCAUAAUAAAGGGAUGGACUCGGGCUGGAGGCA